AUGGUUAAGCAAGAUAAUCCCCUUGACGUGGUUAUUAUUGGUGCCGGGCUCGCCGGACUUCUAGCCGCCCGAGUACUACGAGAAAAGCACAACGUCAAAGUGUACGAGCGGUCAUCAUCACCAAUCGAGGUUGGUGCCGCUAUCAAUAUCUUCACAAAGGAGGGCCAUCUCAAAUUGGAUGAGAGAAAUAACUAUGUAGAUAAAUACGGCGCUGACUGGCUCUUUCAACAUCGGGCAGACCUGAGAGGCGAGUUUCUUCGGUUGGCGACUGAGGAUACUGGUAUUUCGGGUAUACCAGGGAGACCGGCUGAGGUGCUUUGGGAUCAGAAGGUUAUCAACAUCUCACCCGAAGAAGGCCGAAUCACACUGGCAUCAGGUGAACAAGUCAAAGCAGACCUCGUAAUUGCUGCGGAUGGCAUCAAGUCUAUGGUGAGGCCACACGUAGUCGGCGAUGCUGCGUUCCAGACAGCUAGGCCAUCUGGGUUAUCAGCUUUUCGUUUCACUUUGGAACUCCACGACAUCAAAGCAGCUCUCAAGCAACUACCGCAGAUCUUGCAACCUGGUCAGCCUACAUGCUUGUCAAUGGUGUAUUCUUUCGACGACACGAUGCGAUCUGUUGUUGUGUAUCCCUGCCGGAACUUUGAACUUCUUAACUUUGUCUGCAUCGUUCCAGAUAGCAGCCUGAAGGAGAAGACGACAGAGUCUUGGACGGCUUCUGGGGACCAGGAAGAGCUUUUGUCACUAUUUUCAGACUUCCCGUCUUGGGUGCACGAUUAUCUUCGAAUCGCAAAGAAUAUUAAACUCUGGCAACUGCGAGACCAGGACCCGUUGCCAACCUACAUUCGUGGUCGAACAGUUUUGAUUGGCGAUGCGGCCCAUGCUAUGACGCCUCACCAAGGACAGGGUGGAACACAGGCUGUGGAAGAUGCAGAAGGUUUCAGACUGUUCCUUCAACAGGGCAUUACUAGCGAGCAUGUUCCUGAGCUGCUGCAAGACUUUGAUUCUGUCCGCAGGCCACGCGCGAGCCAGAUCCAGAACAAUACCAGAAAGGCCAAGAACAAGAGGACUGCCGAAGAGGUAUAUAUGUUUGAGAAGAUAAAUUGGACUUAUGGUGGUAUCAUGGAGGAGCUCAGGGCUGUGAGAGAGGCUGCAGCUACAUAUAGGAAUAAAUAG